AUGGAACCUUCAAGCUACUCAGAAGCAGUGAAGUCAGAACCCUGGAGGAUUGCCAUGAAGGAGGAGCUAGCCAUGAUUGAAAAAAAAUCAGACCUGGAAGCUUGUGGACAUACCAGAAAACAGGAAGUUCACCAAUUGGAUGUUAAAUCUGCUUUCUUGAAUGGCUUGUUGAAUGAGGAAAUUUAUAUUGAACAACCUGAAGGGUAUCAGAUUCAAGGAGAAGAAGGAAAAGUCUACUUGCUGAAGAUGGCCUUAUAUGGCCUAAAACAGGCACCAAGGGCCUGGUACAGCAGGAUUAAUGACCACCUGCUUAGUUUAGACUUUGUGAGGAGUCCAAAUGAGCACACUCUAUACAUUAGAGAAGCCGAAGAUGAUGUAAUGAUCAUUUCCUUAUAUGUGGAUGAUCUUCUAGUGAUUGGAAGCAAUCAAGCUCAAGUGUUGGAAUUCAAAAAAUCCAUGCACAGUGAGUUUGAAAUGACAGACUUGGGUGAAAUGUCAUACUUUGGGAUGAAGAUUGAUCAAUGUGUAGAUGGUAUUUUUGUGAAUCAAAGGAAGUAUGCAAGUGAAGUCCUUAAGAAGUUCUGCAUCGAGAAUUGUAAACCAGUGGACUUGCCAUUGGUUCCAAAUCUGAAGUUGUCAAAGAGUGAUGAAGCUAAGAAGGUUGAUGAAGGAUUAUACAGGAGCUUGAUUGGUUGCCUGCUAUACUUGACAGCAACCAGACUAGACUUAAUGUAUGCCACUAGUUUAUUGUCUAGAUUUAUGAGUCAACCAACCAAGACACAUUUCAAGACUGCAAAAAGGGUGCUGAGAUAUGUGAAGGGCAGCACUGACUUUGGGGUGUGGUUCAAGAGAUCAGAAAACUUGAAGUUAGUUGGUCUUUCUGACAGUGACUGGGCUGGUUUAACAUAUGAUAUGAGGAGCACUUCAAGAUAUGCAUUUUUCUUAAAUUGUGGUGCUAUUUGUUGGCUUUCCAGGAAGCAAGAAACCGUGGCUCAAUCCAUAGCAAAAGCAGAGUAUAUAUCUGAUGCUGCUGCUGUGAAUCAAGCCAUUUGGCUGAGAAAGAUUCUUGAAGACUUGAAGCUGAAGCAGGUCAAGCCUACUGCCAUCAUGUGUGACAACCAAUCUUCUGUAGCAAUGGCCAAAAAUCUGAUGCAUCAUAGACGUACAAAGCAUAUCAAAAUGAAGUUUCAUGCAGUGAGAGAGGCUGAAAAAAAUGGUGAAGUGGAAUUGAUGCACUGA